AUGUACUUCUUCUCCAUCUUCAACACUCUCGCCGAUCUGGCGAUGAUGUGGCUGUUCAUCUCGGCCACACGGCCAGACGAUAAGAUCCAUCCGCUGGCGACAUUGGUCGCCUGCUCCACCGGUCCCUACUUCUUCAAUCUCUACCCGACCAUCAUGAACUCGGCCGUGUUCGGACUCGAUAUUCAGGAGUUGAGAGACGUCAAGGAGACGCUGAGAACAUUUGAAGUGUAAGUGAAAAAAAGGGAAAAUGUUGUUGUCCCGUUUUGUUGAUCAAAACUAAUGAAAGGGUAGAAGGAUCAGCGGAAGUGGACUUUGACUUGAUCCCAUUGAUCGCUGGUACUCGUGGCUUCGAGAGAAGAGCUUUUAAAGCUACCGUAUUCCCUCCAAACCUGAUCUGCUAAGAGCUCCCAACACUCCCGUUUUCCCUCUUCUAGAAUCUACAUCCGCGACGCGAACUUCAAGUCGAUCAUGCUCGGAACCUACACGUUCUUCGUCGUCUUCGCCGGCCUCCUCAUGUCCUCCACGCUGUUUCGUUCGGCCAAACGCGGCCUGAAGAUCACGCGCUGCGAGCUCUCGUGAGUAUUUGGCAACUACCGUAGUCCACGGGCGGAGAAAACUUGAUUAUAGGCUUCGGACGGGCGUGCCGUGCGCCGUGGGAAUCAUCUUUUGCAUGGCAUUCUACAACAAGAUGUUUGACGUUUACGGACAUAAGGUGAGUCCGCAGGAUUCUCAAAAUGAUGAUAAUGAUAAUAUUGGAAAGUUCUCCCCGAACUGUCCGCUAUCCGUUCUCAUACUCGGACAUUUCUUCUUCGUCGUCUCGCUCGUCUACGGCAUGUUCGUUCUGAGAAAGAUCAAAGAUCCGGGCGAGAUCCAGCUGGAGUCGAUCCGCAACUUCCACUCCCUCUACAUCUUCGGACUCAUCAUCUCCGUCCCGCUCUGUUUCAUGGAAUGUAAGUGCACUACACUGACAACUACAGUAAUCCCCUUUCAGUCCAAAUGUUCUCGUUCCGCGCCCACCGCUUCAUGUUCUCCGACUACGAAUCGUUCGUCCGUCUCAUCUUCUUCGCCUCCAUCCUGCUCCUCGAGCCCUACAAUUCCCGUUUCCGCUUCCGCGAGCGCUUCUACCACCGCACAGGCCCCGAAGUCGGAAUCUGCCCCGCUCCGUCCUCCGCCGCCGCCCCGGUCUCGGUCGAAGCGAGACCGCUGCCCAAGAAGAUAGUGAGUGUGUUUGAGUAGCCUCUCUCGUUCCCCCAAAGACCGAGUCAUUCUGGCCGAGUGGUCUAAGGCGCUGCGUUCAGGUCGCAGUCCUCUCCGGAGGGCGCAGGUUCGAAUCCUGCGGAUGACAGCAACCUUUUUGCAAAAUCUUGGUUCAGAACCUGGACGACAUGCCUCCAAACUACGAGAACUCGGCCCCACCGAACUACGAGAGUGCCCGCAACUUGCCGACUUCCUGGACCAUCACCCCUCCGUCGAAAGAGUACACCGGAGUACAGAUGACUCCGGUCGAGACCAAAUGA